CUGCGAAGCUGCUGUACUGCUCUACUUCUGAACAAACAUACGUAGGUUCUCUUUCAUCAGUUCGACGCCAUUGCGCGCAAGGUUUCGAAAGGAAUCAAGAGCUCGUCGCUGAUGGACGCUUACGGUGAGAAGAUGGACGUCCGCAUCUUCACCAUACCUUUGUGCGAUGUCGAGUACAACCCCCGGGCGUUUGACACCAACAACCACCCCGCGCACCAGCUGCCGCGAGGCCGCGACGAGCGCCCGGUAGAGUACCCCGAGGAGUACAGGCGUAUUAUGGCGAGGACGCAUUACAGCCGGUGGAAAGCCCUGAAGAAGCUGGAGCACGAGACGGAGUUGGAGCUGACAUCGGUAGAUUGCCAGACGAUCUGCGAGGCGGGGAUGUCUGGUGCGCUCACCCUGCGGCUGCCCGAGUCCCACCGAGAGGAGAUUGAGUGCAUCGCUGGCCGGAUGGCCAUGCCCCGACCACCCUACUUUGCCCGGUUGGAUUCCUGCAGUACGAAAGGAGGCAGCGGGGGAGUUGGCCCUUUCCAUACGCCGAUGGACGUGCUGAUCGCUCUAGUUACAAGCCUCCGCUGCUGUGACACUCUGAAGCGCGCGGUGCGCGAGCGGAUAAGCAUGACGCUGUACCUGCUGCCGUGGCGCGAUGACAUCAGCAUAGACCGGGAGUUCCGGGCGUUCGUCAGAGACUGGCGCGUCACUGCGAUUUCGCAGUACAACUGGACAGAGGACUGUGGAUGGAGCGCGCGCGAGCACGCCCUGCCCACGAUCGCGCACAACAUCGCGCGCCUGGUGGGCGACAUCCGGGAGCAGAACGACCAGCUGAGCUUGGACCUGCCGUCCGAUUUUUGCGCGGACGUUUUCUGCCGUCCAGAUCUGUCCGUCGAGCUCAUCGAGCUCAACUCGUACGGAGCCCAGAUGGCAGCCGGUUCGUGUUUAUUUCACUGGAUCACAAACUAUGACCAGUUAUACGGGCUGUGUAACGCGAGCGGUCCAUUUGAGGUGGAGUUUCGGGUGGUGAGGCCAACGAACGAGAGCGAGGAGGCAUUAUUGGAACUAGAAGGGAGGGGUUUUAGAUCAAGGGGGGAGGAAAUGGACACUUUGCUAGCCAAUGUAAGGGAUAAGCUAGCCGCUUUGGAUGAUGGAGAUGGAGACGAAGUUUCAUCGCAUGUGGAAAGAGACGAAGCAAGUGAGAUCGCCAAUGAACCACCAGAUAGGCUUUGAGGCCUACAACAGGACGACAUGAUUGAGAAUCAACGUGACGCUAGCAGAUUUUAGGUACUUUGUUAAGUGGGUGUCAAUCGAGCCUUGUCGUCGAGAAGUAAAGCUGGUGAUCGACCCCAAGUUUCGACCGUUGAUUGCGCACUGUAGGGAGG